CAGUCAGUCAGUACCUAGACACCGUGGGGAGAACACCUCGCUCGCCCGCCGCCCGUGGAUCUCUUGUUCUAGAGGGCGCUAUACGGGAUAACUAAACACUGGUGGAGCGAGAGAGGAGAGGACCUGUUUACCUGAGAGAUGAGGUGGACUGACGCUGUUGCUUGGUGUCUCCUGGUCAUCAAUUUUGCAGGUAAAUGUAGAGGCUAAGUAAACAGACAGACAGACCGACACACACUCCAGGAGACGGUCACUUUACCGAGUGUUUACGCAUGCGCAGGCUCACCGAGUGAGCAGAGGAUGCCACAUCUACAGCGGGAACCUGGAUGACCGGUGGUGGCAGGAGGAACAGGAGGAGGGCUCCCAUGGGGGGAGGGUAGUGAGGGAGGUGACGUUGGGCGAGAGGAGCUUCUGCGAUACCCACGAUGAGCUUAGGAACCAGCCCCCCAACAGGGCCAACACCUCCGACAGGGUGGCACAGUUACGGGCACAGAUGUUAAAGCUUGGGUUCGACGCCUACAUCAUCCCUAAUGACGACGAGCACCAGAGUGAGUAUGUAUCACCGACGGACGAGCGCCGUUCCUACAUAAGUGGGUUCUCGGGUAGCGCAGGUACGGCGGUGGUGACCAUGGACCAGCAGGCUCUUUGGACCGACGGCCGCUACUUCCUGCAGGCGGACCAGCAGCUAGACUGUCACUGGUUACUCAUGAAGCAGAAGAACCCGGGGGUACCCAAAAUGAUGGAGUGGCUACGUCAGAAACUGGUGAAGGGGUCGAAGGUUGGUGCUGACCCCAGGCUCCUCGGGUCCAACACCUGGAUCGCCUACGCUGAGGACUUGGCCAAGUCGGAGAUUAAACUGGAGGCAGAGGAGAGGAACUUGGUCGACUUGGUGUGGCCAGCAGAGGAGCGGCCGCCUCACUCACAGGAUCCCAUCUUCAUCCACGAGCUAAAGUUCGCAGGGAAGAAGUGGGAGGACAAGGUAGCAGACGUGAGGGCAGAGAUGCUGAAGGAGGGAGCCGACCUGCUGGUGGUGACGGCGCUGGACGAGGUGGCGUGGCUCCUCAACCUCCGGGGCAAUGAUAUACCCUAUAACCCAGUGUUCCGAAGUUACUUGAUCCUGGGCCGGGACGACUUGCAACUGUACAUCCCCAAAGAGAAAAUCACCCCAGCUGUCGACCAUCACCUCCAUGUGAACAGCUGUGAAGGCCAAGAAUGUGUCGUCAUCAACGAGUAUACCGCAGUGCUGGACCGGCUGCGGGCCCUCAAACUCAACAACCACGUGAAGAAAGUUAUGCUGGGGUCCAAAUACUCUUACUCUGGCGGUGCUUCCUAUGCCGUCUAUUCAGCUGUGCCGGAGGAGAUGCGGUUGAUGGUCACCUCACCCGUGUUGCUCAUGAAGGCCCGCAAGAACGCAGUAGAGGUGGACGGCAUGAAGAACGCCCAUAUUAAGGACGCCGUCGCCCUAUGUGACUUCCUGUCCUUUAUGGAACCUGAGAUCAUGGAGGGCAAGAACUGGAGUGAGAUUGAUGCAGCCAACCUCCUCAAGGAAUACCGCUCACAACAGAGAGACUUCAAGGGCAUCUCCUUUACCACCAUCAGUGCCUUUGGUUCCAAUGGGGCCAUAGUGCACUACCAGCCUGUACGAGAGACAGACAAGAAGAUCACCAACACAUCCCUCUACCUUCUAGACUCUGGUGGCCAGUAUAAGGACGGAACAACAGACGUGACGCGGACGAUGCACUACGGGGAUCCAAAGCCUUUACACGUGGAGGCCUAUACCAGGGUACUGAUGGGUGCUAUCGACCUGGCUACUCUCAUCUUCCCCGAGGGCACAGGUGAUGCUGACGUUGACAUCAUGGCUCGCAGACACUUGUAUGAGGUUGGGCUGGACUAUCGACACGGGACCGGUCAUGGUAUCGGCAUGUUCCUCAACGUUCACGAAGCACCCAUACAGGUCAGGAUUUACGCCACCGAGGAACAUAAAUUUGAAGUCGGACAUUUCUUCUCUGAUGAGCCCGGCUUCUACCUGGACAAUGACUUUGGGGUACGCCUGGAGACCAUCGUCACCGUAGUGCCUAAAGACACCCCGUAUCACUUUGACAAGAGGUCACUAGGCUUUGAAGCUGUCACUCUGGUACCCUUUGAGCCUAAACUCAUCAACAUUACAAUGCUAACUGGGAAGCAGUGCCACUGGCUCAACUCCUACCAUGCCCGCGUGAGAGACGUAGUCGGUGGAGAACUGAUGACCCAGGGCCGCACCCGAGGAUACGAGUGGCUGAUCUCCAAGACGGAGCCCUUACCCUGCGUCAACCACUACGGCGGAACUCUAGAGUCGGCUGGGCUGAUGUCAUCUACGAAUCUUCAGCACGUCGAGCGAGUCGCGAGGGAAGCGGCGCUUGACGGGAGGACGAACUGUAAGGAGGGCAACCCACAGCCUGAGAUCCGUGUCAAUACUUCCUCCCAGAUGACCAAGUUACGACAGGAGAUGGGCAACCACCGCCUAGAUGGCUACAUCAUUCCCAUGACUGGUGAACAACAUGGCUAUUUGGCACCAGCAGAGAAACGCCUGCAGUAUAUGACUGGGUUUACAGGAAGUUUUGGGAAUGUGGCGGUGACUGCAGACGAGCAGGCAUUGUGGACAGAUGGUCGCUAUUUCCUGCAGGCAGACAGUGAACUGGGAUGUGACUGGCUGCUCAUGAAGGAGCAGAUCGAUGGUGUACCUACAAUAUCAGAGUGGCUGAGGAGUAAGCUGGUGAGCGGGGCCAAGGUGGGGGCCGACCCUCGACUCAUAGCUGCCGACACCUGGAAGUUCUACUCUGAGGAACUGGCCAAGUCGGACAUCGAGCUGGUGGCGGAGGAGACGAACUUGGUCGACUUGGUGUGGCCAGCAGAGGAGCGGCCGCCUUACUCACAGGAUCCCAUCUACAUUCAUGAGUUACAGUUUGCAGGCAAGAGGUGGGAGGACAAGGUGGCAGAUGUGAGGGCAGAGAUGGAGAGGCAGGGGGCGGACAUACUGGUGAUCACAGCUCCUGACGAAGUGGCUUGGCUCCUCAACCUCAGGGGGAGUGACGUCGAGACCACCCCAGUGUUCCGUUCCUACGUCAUCAUCGGGAGGAACAACGUCGAGCUGUUUGUUCCCCCCGACAAGAUCACACCAGCUGUUGACAACCAUCUGAACGUGAACCAGUGUGGCGAGCAGGAGUGUGUCAUCAUCACAGAGUACAUAGCCAUCUUGGAUCGCCUCCGUGUCCUCAAGCUCAACAAUGGCAUCACUAAGGUCAUGCUGGGUAAGAAGUACUCCUACUCCGGCGGUGCUUCCUAUGCCAUCUACUCUGCCGUGCCGGAGGAGAAGAGGCUGGUGACCAUCUCCCCGGUGCUGGAGAUGAAGGCCCGGAAGAACCCAGUGGAGAUCAAAGGUAUGAAAGACUCCCACAUCAGGGAUGCCGUCGCCCUCUGUGACUUCCUCAGCUUUAUGGAGAAGGAGAUAAAUUCCGGGAACUCGUGGAACGAGAUCACGGCGUCCGAGAAGCUGCUGGAGCUCCGUCGUCAGCAGCAAAACUUCAUGGGUGUCUCCUUCAAGACCAUCAGUGCCUUUGGUCCCAACGGUGCUGUCAUUCACUACCGACCGCGCCCAGACACCAACCGCGAGAUUACAACUGAGUCCCUCUACCUGCUGGACAGUGGUGGACAGUAUAAGGAUGGAACAACAGAUGUGACACGCACGAUGCACUAUGGGGAGCCAACAUCCUUCCAGGUGGAGGCCUACACUCGGGUACUGAUUGGUGCUAUUGACCUGGCCAGACUAAUCUUCCCCGAGGGUACAGAUGACACUGAUAUCGAUAUUCUUGCCCGCAGGCCGCUGUAUGAGGUGGGGCUGGACUACCGCCACGGCACGGGCCACGGUAUCGGACACUUCCUCGGUGUACAUGAAGCUCCAAUACAGGUCAGGAUCUACAGUACUGAAGAACACAAGCUGGAGGUCGGCCACUUCUUCUCUGAUGAGCCCGGGUACUACCAGGACAACCAGUGGGGAAUACGGCUGGAGACCAUCCUCACUGUGGUCACUAAGGAAACUGAGUACAAGUUUGACAAGCAGUCACUUGGAUUUGAACCAGUGACAUUAGUUCCCUUUGAAGCCAAGCUGAUUAAUACCACUCUGCUGGAAGACAUUCAGUGCGAUUGGUUAAAUGAUUACCACACCCGGGUGCGUGAGGUGAUUGGCCCAGAGUUGCUGAACCAGGGACACCAAGUAGCUUAUGAUUGGCUGGUGACAAAGACAGAGCCCCUAAAGUGUCCCCACCACCGCCAGUCAUCGCCCGUCUCUAGCAAGACGACGACCACCACCACCACAUCCGUGACCACCACUGGGCACCAUCUAACCACCACCAGGACAGUCGAGUAUGCCACCUCGGCCAUUAUCACUCACAAAGAUGCUGAGGAACUGGAGGAGAGCGGGACUGCAGCUCUCGCCUCAACUGCUGGGACUGUGGCUAUUAUGGUACUCCUGACAGUGAAGAACCUCCUGGUGUGGUGACUGUGAUAAUAGUGAAGAAUAUUUGUAUUAUUGAGUUACAUUAAUGACUGGAAUUUAAAGCACAAGUGGAAGUUAGAACACAGGAAUCCUAUUUCAGAUAAGUGAGCAAAAGUGAUCAAGAGUUGGUCAUUCGUUGUGUUAAGCCUCACUUGAGAACUACAUCUAUGCUGCCAGAUUUAUACAGUACUACAUUAGUGAUAAUAUAAUACAGUUACAUGCAUAUUGAGAAUACAUAAAAUAAUGGGACUAAAUUUUAAUGUAAUGUAGAGUUAAUAGAAUUUACUGUAGUACUAUAGAGUUCAUAGAAAUACAGAGGUACAUUAUAUAUUGAAAACAUAAAGAGGCAGCCUCACCCAACCAGCAAAGUGAAAAAUAUAAUGUUUAUUUUCUUAUAGUUACACAUCCAGAGUACAAAUAAGGAAGCACCCAGAAGAUGGAACAGGAGAAAGGAAUAAUCACAUAAUUAUUAUAGUAAUUUAUAUAUAAACACAAAAAUAAAUAACAAUGUAAUAAAAGUAUCAUACAAGUGACAUGUAUAAUAAUCAAAACUGUAUCAAAGAAAAACAACUUCAUGGGAAACCAAAAAAAAAAAAAAAGAAAGAUAUUGGAUGAAAACUAUUGAUUCCCAAGAGUUUGAUUUGUCCAUGAUAUUAGAAAUUUACUACAAACUGGAUGAAUAAGCAUUUUGUUUCUUUUUCAGACGAUAUAGACUUAAUAUAACGUCCCUAGGGUAAUUUCGGCAAGGUUUUAUUUGAUUAGUGUUGUUGUCUUUUAACCCAAAUGAAAAUAAUAGUUAUAGUAAUCCAGUACGUUGGACUUUUCCGUCACUGAUCGUUUAGUUAAUGUGAGGGUGAAGAAACUGAGAUGGAUCAUUUUGGGUAAAUAUAAUGAGAGAGGCCAAUACUAAGGGUGAUAUUGUUAUUCUCUCUCUCUCUCUCUCUCUCUCUCUCUCUCUCUCUCUCUCUCUCUCUUUUGCUCCUUUACUCCCCUUUUUCUGUCUGUUCUCUCUCUCUUCUCUUUUUCUCUUUUUUGCUCCUUGACUCCCCUUUUUCUGUCUGUUCUCUCUCUCUUUCUCUCUCUCGGAGCAAUAGAUAGUUUUAUUACAAAUUAUACACACGUCAUACAACUUCUUUCCAAUUAUGAAAGAAUUAAAAAAUACAGCUUAUGUGGUCUUAUCACUUUAAGGAAUCUCUAAAAUUUCGCUUUAACUCUUUCUUGAAAUAACUGAUGAAUCAUAUUAGUGUGUUGAUAAAGAAAAAAUUCCUGAAAAAGGUAAAUUUUUCCGUAUCAACAAUUUUUUUAACAUAGACUUAGGUCUGUAUAACUAAAGAUACAUUAACUUGGGAUGUAUGUUAAUAUUUUAGAACGUAAUUUCCAUGAAUUAAUAUACGGUAGGUCAGAAAUACAUAAUGAAGAUCACUCGAUAAAGAAAAGAAGUUAAAAAUGCUACGUGUAACAAUUUUGUGUGAUAUAAAGUUUCUCGUGUAUAUACAGUACAUUGGAUAGUUAUUUUGAAAGUAGUAGGGAAGUGCUGUAUAGUACAGUACUGUACUUGUGUCAAGGUGCCUGUAUGUUAUAAUAAUUGGUCUUAAAGUAUUUGUUAUGAUUGAAUACAGUAAUUGGUAAUGAUAUUGUUAUGUGGAAAUUACUCUGUUAGAUUACUGUAGUUGUCAUUUGAAAACUACUACACAUUGUUCUUGUUGAGUGAAAAUUAUGGUUAAUGUUGUACAGUAUUUGUCAAAAAAAUUUUAAUGCAAUAUAUUAAUGUUCUGUAUUUGUUUUCUGAAAAUUAUUAGAAACAUUUACCAUCACCUAUCCUGCUGGUCCUUGAACCUAGAGAUUCAGACUCAUGAACCCAAAGCAGUAGUCACUGAUGCAUUAUUCUGUCCAUAAAUGCUUCAGAUUCAUGAGUCUGAAUCUCUGGGUUCGUAGAGCAAUAGGAGAGGUGACAGGAUUUUUGUUCAUGACUGUAUACCUGUCAGGUGAAAGUCAUGAGCAACAUUGUACACAUACCUGUCAGGUGAACAUCAUAAUAACAUUGUUUUAGCCAUACCAAAAUUAAAAAGUUACACUGUAUUUACCAUGUGAAAAUCAAAAGCAAUGCUGCAGACCUGUUUACAAGAAAACUGUAAAAGUUAUUGUAAACAAUAAAUUACAUGCUUACUUUAUUUUAUUUGUGUAUAGGGUGAACGAUACAAAGCAAUAUGUGUGCGAGACAAUGGCUGAAUGGCUCAUGAUAUAGAUGAGUGAAUGUUAGUCUAGAUGUAGGAAUAUUACAUAAAUAUUAUAAUAGUAAUAGUGUGUAUAAGUUGCAUUCAUGUGAAGGCUUCAACGUGUUCCAAACUUGUUUAAAAUGUGUUUGUGUGUGUAUUUGUUAUCCUUACCUGAGAGGUGUUUAUUAAAGGUGAUAUUCCACUGUAAAAAUAAAGGUAAAAUAACCCAGAUUAAAUUAUACAAGUUCAGAUUUUCUGUGGAUUUUGGUAACUUUUGAAUGAAUACUGUGGAUUUCUGAUUAUAUAUACUGUACAGGGGUAUAUAGAGAUUUAAUGGCAUCAUUUGCAUGUAAAAAUAAAGGGUAAUAAACUCCCAUGAAAUUAUGGACACUCAGAUUGUGUGGGUCUGUGUUUUUUGAUGACAAAAGCCCAUAAGAAUGAUUAGAGACUAUUAUUAUUUUAUGUUUUAUUAAUUAUUGUAUUUUAUGAGGGCUGAAAGGGAUCACAAAAAGGUACAAAUUUACAUAAAUUUUAAAAAUAUUUUAUUGAUUAAAAAAUAAUUCUUUAUAUUUUUUUUAUAUUCAACAAAGUUUAAACUCAAAUUAUUGCCUUUGUCUCAUUUAUUUUUUAAUUUUGAGUUUCAAUUAAUCAUCAGAAUGAGCGAAGAUAUAAAGAGUAUACUGUACAGUACUGUAUAUAUAAAUUUGAAAUAAUUCAGAUUAUAUAUUUUGUUUUUCAUGGAUUUUUAUAUUUGAAGUUUUAAAGAAAAUCUGUAGCCGGAAUAUUUUUCUUGAACCUGAAAUGCAAAUUUUACUGGACUUUUUCCUGUGGUUAAAUUUAACAACACUUUGUAAUUACAAUAAAAAAAAUGCCAUAAGAGUAGUGCUUAGUGAUUUAGUUUCUAUAUUUUCUGUUAUGGAAAUACAGUACAGUACUGUAAUUUCUUUUCAUAAUUAUUGUAUUUAAUCAUGUGCUAUACUGUAUGCUAUUCAUGUACAAUGUGUCUCAAGUUAAGUGUUUGGGUCGCUGGGAAGUUGAUGAGUCACUACCUCGGAAUAUAUGGGUUCAAAUACAAAAUAUAAUUAGAUAACGUAUACUAGUGUAUACUGUAUUCCAUAUCCAUGCUGUAACCAACAAACACACACACAUCCAUGUACUGUACAGUACACAUACACACACACACACACA